GGGAAAAGAUGGCGGUGGAAGGGGUCGCCGCGGGACCAUCCCGGCGAAAGUGGCGGCGCGAAGCGGGGUUGUGCGUCCUGCUGCAGCUUCUGCUGUGGAUGGCCCUGGCCGAACAGAUGGAGGAGCAUCUGAAGCGGGAGCACUCGCUCACUAAGCCUUAUCAGGGUGUAGGCUCUUCCAGCUCCUCUCUGUGGGAACUUAUGGGCAACGCUAUGGUUAUGACCCAGUUUGUGCGCCUCACUCCUGAUAUUCAGAGCAAGCAGGGAGCUGUCUGGAACAGGGUGCCCAUUGUGAACUCAGUGAAAUCUGUUCUAGGGCCUGUCUUCGGGAGCAAGGAUAACUUUCUAGGGCUGGGAGUGUUUGUAGACACCUACCCAAAUGAGGAGAAGCAACAGGAGGCCCAGAAGAGGAGGUAUUCCUCAGGAAACCAGCGCGUGUUCCCUUAUGUCUCUGCCAUGGUGAGCAACGGCUCUCUAGCCUAUGACCACGACAGGGAUGGGAGGCCCACGGAACUGGGCGGGUGCACGGCAAUGGUGCGUAACCUCAACCACGACACUUUCCUGGUGAUACGCUAUGUGAAGAGGAGGCUAACCAUCUUACUCGACAUAGAUGGCAAGCAUGAAUGGAGAGACUGCAUUGACAUCCCAGGGGUUCAUUUCCCACGAGGAUAUUACUUUGGAGUAUCUUCUGUCACAGGAGACCUGUCAGAUAACCAUGACAUCAUUUCCCUGAAGUUAUACCAGCUGACAGUUGAACGGACACCACAAGAGGAACAACGGGACAAAGAGGUCUUUCUUCCUAUUGUGGAGAACAUGAAACUGCCUGGAAUGGAGGCUCCGCUGGAACCAAUGAGUGGCCUUGCUCUGUUCUUGAUUGUCUUUUUCUCGCUGGUUGCCUUGGUCUUUGCCAUUGUCAUUGGAGUUAUUGUCUACAACAAAUGGCAGGAACAGAGCCGGAAACACUUCUACUGAUCACGAAGCAUCUUGGCCUAUUCUUUGGGGGUUUUGCCUUCGAGACUACCGCUAGUGGCAUUGGCAGGGGUGGUAGCAGAUGCAGGUGGAGGCUAGUCUAUAAGGAGUAUCCUUUCCUAGCCCUGCCACAAGGACUGCAGUCCAUUUGGAUCUUGAAAACUUGUAAUGGGACUGACUUCUGGCUUGGGGACCUGCUUGUUGGGCCCCCAGUUGGGGAAGCAAUUGUACCUGCCCUUUCCACUUUGCCUUUUUCCAAACUGAGCUUACCAGCCCCGGCAUUUCUACAAGACUUGAUGGGUAUGAACAUAUCCUUGAUCAUGUGAUGUGAAAUGAACUUCCAUGUCACUGUGGGUCGAUCAGGAGACCACCAGCCAAUGAGGCCCACAGUUGGCAACAGCUGCUGUCCCCCUAUGAAGAUGGCCUUGCGGUUGGAAUCCAGGAGCUUUGUUUCGGCAGGGGGCAAGAUGGCGAUGCUUGGUGUGCUGCGGGGGCGGGGCGGGGACCAGGCCAUGUAGUCAAUGCCUUGCUGGGGGCUCCUUUUCAGUAGCAUCUUGGGCAAGUCCCUGCCUUGACUAGGAAACCUCAAAACCUAGAGCUGUAAGAAAUAGUGACCACUGUUCUCUGAUCCACCACCCAAAUAUUCCUUGUGCUGCUUGUGGAACAGGGGAAAGAUGGAUGCUAGCCUGGUGAAUGUAACUCCUUCCCCUCCCCAUCCUGAAGAAAUAGAAGUGUCUCAUCUCCGUUCCCCUUCCAUGCCUUUUGUUUUUAGACUUACUUGAGACUUCUGAUUAUAUAAGGUUGGGCUUAGCCGCUGGCCCUUGCUAAGUGAAUGAAGGUGCCUUUCUUUUCCCAAAGGUAAAGAGGCGAGCCUUGAUUAAUCUGCCAGGAGAUCAUGGUGACUUCGAUACCUAAAUGGGGGGUAUCCACAGGAACCCAAAGAAGGACCUCUGUUGUCCACAGUGGUCUGAGCCUUGCUAUAGGUCAGGGUCGGUGCCUUGCUCUAAGGCAGACGGUUGUGGGCGAUGUUUCAGGGUUUACGAAUGCUCCCCAGUUUUGCCCACCAUUAUGAAGCAGCCCUGGAACAUUCUAGAGAGUGCGUCUUCAGUUCAGGCACACUGUUGCACCCCACGUGUGUCCCGGCAUCGGUCCAAGAAUCCACUGCAGUUGCACUGUUGCUCCACGGCAGGGGCUUACUCACGCUGAAGUGAAAAGGUUUUUACAAAGGCAGAAAGCUGCUUAAAAAACCAACAAAACUACUGUUCUUAGGACAAACACAAUGUGUUUUCAUUACUGCGAUGCUGCCUCAUUUCUUUCUCUGAAGGAACUUGACUGUACCUGCCCUCCGCUGGUGCUACAACACCCCAGUUCCCAGUGACUAAAGAGAUCCCCCUCCUCCUUCACCCACCCAACACACACACACACACACACACACACACACACACACACACACACACUCUCACUCACUCUGAUGAGGUUUCCCUUUUCGUAUUGGUCAGGAUAUUUCUUAUCUUUGGGUCUCGGCAAGAAUUGACCUUGUUUGAAGGAAAUGUCCAUUGUCACUGGGUUUUGUUACCAUGGGAGUCGUGUGCUGCCUUUCACAUGUCUCCUCCUCUGUUUGCCGGAGGAGUAGUUGUCUGACCUCCAGCUCAUGGAGCUGGGUUUCAAUCCAUAGGGGAGAAGGGCAGUGCUGCUUUCUACCAGUGUUGUGAAAUGGUUCUGAGGAGAAUAACCUGUAGUUGCACUGUACGUACAGUAGGGCAGCCUUGCCCUGCCCUCUGAUCACUGGACUACGACAUGCUAUCUUAGCACCCCUCCCGCCCCUUUCCCAAUGUCAAGGGUGUUUUUUAAAAGGUCAUGUUAAUGUGAUGUUGAUGUGUUUGAAGCAGGGCUUGUACACAAAGCUUGUGAUUUUUUUAAGGUUCUUAAAAGGAGGCUUCCUCAACCUCAUAAUUAAAAAAAACACACUUGAGUUCUUCUGUUUUCUUCCUUUGGUGCCACCAUUCCUAGUGUUGGCGUCAUUCUCUUUCCUAGAGUGAUCCCAGCCAAUCAGCAAUCACAAUACUGAGCACGGUAGUACCACAGUGCUAUGUAGCCUUUGGGGUUUGGCUGUGUAGUGAUGCCAUUGGACGAAGCUGGUUCAGCACAAAGGCAGUGUUUCCUUGGCUGGUCACGGGGCUAAUCCCAGCUGUCUGCCUCUGCAGGGCAAAAGCACUUGGGAGUCUAGGCAUUUCUGUCCCCUUUAGGCUUGAUCCCAGAAAAAUUGUCAAAAACGGGCAGAGAGAUUUCCACUGCUGCAAAUGUUUGCUUCUUUUCUUGUGGUUCAUCUCUGAAGUGAAGCAAACUACCCUCCUUUUCCACUUGUCUGGAUUGUAACUGGCCACAUCCUUUUUGGAAUGCAAGUUGGAUCAGAACACUCAAUCUUGAGACUUGGAGGAGUGACAGAAGCCACAGGACUGAUUCGGAUGAACCAGAAAUCCUAGAAACGUCAUUGCUUGUCAGGGCGCUGUCCCUGGGUGAGAACCAGCCUGUGCUUUGCCCAAGUGGCCUGUCUGUUUGCGUGGUACCCUUUACAGUUGCUGUGAGUUGCAUCAAAUUUCAGAGGC